CGGCGGCGGUGGAGGAAGAUGGCGGCGGCCGCUCCCGAGCAGCAAAGCUCCAAUGGCCCGGUGAAGAAGUCCAUGCGAGAGAAGGCUGUGGAACGCAGGAAUGUUAACAAGGAGCACAACAGCAACUUCAAAGCUGGAUACAUUCCAAUCGAUGAAGACCGGCUCCACAAGACAGGGUUACGUGGCAGGAAAGGCAACUUGGCCAUUUGUGUGAUUGUUCUUCUCUUCAUUUUGGCUGUCAUCAACCUGAUUAUCACGCUGGUUAUCUGGGCGGUGAUCCGCAUCGGCCCCAACGGCUGUGACAGCAUGGAGUUCCACGAGAGCGGCCUGCUGCGCUUCAAGCAGGUCUCGGACAUGGGCGUCAUCCACCCCCUCUACAAAAGCACCGUGGGAGGCAGGCGGAAUGAGGACUUGGUGAUCACUGGCAACAAUCAGCCUAUUGUGUUUCAGCAAGGAACAACCAAGCUUAGUGUGGAGAAAGACAAAACUUCGAUUACCAGCGAUAUCGGCAUGGAGUUCGUUGACCCCCGGACGCAGAACACUUUGUUCAGCACAGACUAUGAGACCCACGAGUUCCACCUGCCCAAUGGAGUUAAAAUCCUCAACGUACAGAAGGCCUCCACAGAGAGGAUUACCAGCAAUGCCACCAGUGAUCUAAACAUAAAGGUGGAUGGCCGCGCUAUUGUCCGUGGAAACGAAGGGGUUUUCAUCACAGGCAAGACCAUCGAGUUUCGGAUGGGGGGUAACAUGGAGCUGAAAGCAGAGAACAGCAUCGUCCUGAACGGCACGGUGAUGGUCAGCCCCUCCCGCCUGCCCAGCUCGUCCUACGGGGAGCAGUUCAACAAUGGCAACUGGCUGCGCUUCAAGCUCUGCAUGUGUGCAGAUGGGACUCUGUUCAAGGUGCAGGUGACAGGCUACAACAUGGGUUGCCAGACCUCUGUCAACCCCUGUGGAGCCACACACUGAAGCACAAACCACUGCCAGGAGAGCUGGGGGUUUUAUUGUGUGUGUGUUUACAUCUGUUUGUAUCAAGUAGUUGCAUGCCUUCAAGGGUUUGUGUUUUUACAGCAGUUUGUACUUACAUUUAUUACAUAAUAUUUUUUAACAGGCUGUUCCAGUCAGCAGUAUUAGCUCAUCAUUCUCUUCACUGCAGUGGUGGCACUGAGUUAGGAAGCUUUCAGCCUAUAAGCAUCCUGAAGUACCUCUCAGACUUGGGAUCAGCAGCAUAUAUUUAGAGAACAUGCUCAUGGAACAAUCACGACCACAUUCAGUUGCCUUUAGAGGAGAUUUCUGUCCUGCAUCCCAAGACUUUUGAGGGCUACUAAGAACACAACUGUUCUCUGAAGUACUUCAACAGGAUAGUUGAUUUCCUGUUGGAAGUGGAUUUGUGCAGGAUAGCUAAAGCAGCAGGUUUCUGCCUUCAUCUCUUGACAAAGGUAGGUCCAGGGGGACCUUAGAGUUGCCUUACAGUAGAGUUGGGCCAAUCCCAGGCACAGAUCCAGGCUGGGUGCAGAGUGGGUUGAAAGUAGCUCUGAAGAGACAGACUUGAGGGAGUUGAUUGCUGAGAACUCACCAUGAGCUGGCAGUGCCCUCACACAGACCAGAAGGGAGCUGUGUGCUGGGCUGUAUCAGGUAGAGUGUGGCCAGCAGGGCAAGAGAGGGGAUUCUGCCCCUUUCAUCUGCUGAGACCCCACCUCAAGUGCAGCAUCCAGUUCUGUUGUCCCCAGCUUAAGGA